AAAAGCACUCAAAAAAGAGUCUGAAACCAUACAAAACAAAACUCCAUCACCAAUUCCUUUCUUGCUUUGAGAGCAAACCCACUUUGCUUUGCCUUGCCCUUGCCCCACAUCUCUCCCAAAGUAUCUAUACUCUCUCUUUCUAUCUCUGUACAAAUACCUAAAAAGAUGAUCUCUUUCAUUUGCAAACAAGCUACAUCGAAACCAGUGAGACCUGAAACUGAGAGGCUGAGUAUUGGUGGUGCUUUUCGGAAAUGGCGAGCUCCAGCGGGACGAAGAACAAUCCGGACCCGCCGAGGUCGUUAUCGAGGCGAAUGACGAAAAUGCCCACGAGGGUUUUGGACUUGCCGGCUGAGGACGAGGCGUUGGAUGUGCCCUCGUGCCUUGCCUCAAUUGCUCCCAUUUUUCGUGUCGCCAAUGAGAUUGAGAAGGAAAACCCUAGGGUUGCCUACCUCUGCCGCUUCCAUGGAUUUGAGAAGGCGCACACAAUGGAUCCAACAUCAAGUGGACGUGGUGUUCGUCAGUUUAAGACACAUCUUUUGCACAGACUUGAAAAGGAAGAAGAAGAGACAAGACAUCAGCUUGCUAAAUCUGAUACAAAAGAAAUCCUGUAUUUUUACCACCAAUUUUAUCGGAACAAUAUCCUAGAAGGAGAAUACACAAAAAAACCGGAAGAGAUGGCUAGGAUUAUUCAGAUUGCAACUGUACUAUAUGACGUGCUCAAGACAGUGGUACCUCAACCUCAAAUUGAUCAACAGACACAGAAAAUUGCUGAAGAUGUCAAGAGGAAAAGGGAGCAGUAUGUAAACUAUAACAUUCUUCCGUUAUAUACUGUUGGUGUUAAACCAGCAAUUAUGGAACUGCCUGAGAUCAAAGCAGCACUUCAUGCUCUACAAAAUGUGAAUGGUCUUCCAAUGCCAAUAGUGCAUUUAAAACCCAUGAAUCCUGAUGACAAGUCAACAAUGCCUACCGAGAGGAUUAAACCUGUCAACGAUAUACUCGAUUGGCUUUCCUCUAUUUUUGGGUUUCAGAAAGGAAAUGUUGCAAAUCAGAGGGAACACUUAAUCUUGCUACUUGCCAACAUGGAUGUAAGACAUAGAAAUCUUGAAAAUUACACACAGUUGAAUAGUGGCACUGUACAGCAUUUGAUGGAGAAAAUUUUUAAGAACUAUCGUUCAUGGUUUAACUAUUUGCAUUGCAAAUCAAAUCUCAAGUUUCCUCAAGGUUCUGACAGACAACAGUUGGAGCUUAUUUACAUUGGACUCUAUCUUCUCAUAUGGGGUGAAGCUUCAAAUAUUCGAUUCAUGCCUGAAUGCUUAUGCUACAUUUUCCAUCAGAUGGCCAACGAGGUAUAUGGAAUUUUAUAUAGCAAUGUUCAUCCGGUUAGUGGAGAAACAUACCAAACAACAGCACGUGACGAAGAAUCUUUUCUGAGGGAUGUUGUAACUCCUAUCUACCAGGUGUUGUACAAGGAAGCAAAGAGAAACAAAAAUGGCAAGGCAAGUCAUUCAAGAUGGAGAAAUUAUGAUGAUCUAAAUGAAUAUUUUUGGUCUGACAAAUGUUUUAGGCUAGGGUGGCCAAUGGACCCUAAAGCAGAUUUCUUUAGGCAUUCAGAUGGGAUUCCACCAGCAAAUGAGAGGACAAAUCAAGCUGCUGGUGGGAGGAGGAAACCUAAAACAAACUUUGUGGAAGUCCGAACAUUUUGGCACCUGUACCGAAGUUUUGAUCGAAUGUGGAUAUUCUUCAUAUUGGCUUUCCAGGCUAUGGUUAUUGUUGCAUGGAGUUCUUCUGGAUCUCUGACUGCUUUCUUUGAUGCGGAUGUCUUCAGAAGUGUUUUAAGCAUCUUCAUCACUUAUGCUUUCCUCAAUUUAUUACAAGCCACUCUGGAUAUUGUUCUUAGUUGGAAUGCCUGGAAGAGCUUGAAGCUCACUCAAAUACUACGAUACCUCUUGAAAUUUGCAGUAGCUGGUGUGUGGGCUGUGGUUCUGCCUGUUGGUUAUUCUAGUUCUGUGCAGAAUCCUACUGGACUUCUGAAAUUCUUCAGCAGUUGGGCUAGGGAUUGGCGGAAUCAGACAUUUUAUAACUAUGCUGUUGCAAUCUAUCUACUUCCUAAUAUAUUGGCUGCUGUGCUAUUUUUUCUUCCACCUUUACGGAGACACAUAGAGCGAUCAAACUGGCGCAUUGUCACUCUUUUUAUGUGGUGGGCUCAGCCAAAACUGUAUAUAGGAAGAGGCCUGCAUGAGGACGUCUUUUCACUGCUGAAAUAUACUUUGUUUUGGAUCAUGCUGCUAAUCAGCAAGCUAUCGUUCAGCUAUUUUGUGGAGAUACUGCCGCUUGUUGGACCAACAAAAGUGAUAAUGAAGAUGCCUAUUAGUAAUUAUCAAUGGCAUGAGUUCUUUCCAAAUGUAACUCAUAAUAUGGGCGUUGUUAUUGCAAUAUGGGCUCCAAUUGUCCUGGUUUAUUUUAUGGAUGCACAAAUAUGGUAUGCAAUAUUUUCUACUCUGUUUGGUGGGAUUCAUGGAGCCUUCAGCCAUUUGGGUGAGAUACGGACCCUUGGGAUGUUGCGGUCCAGAUUUGAGUCUGUGCCUUCAGCUUUCAGUAAUCGUCUUAUGCCAUCCCCAAAUAAGGAUGCCAAAAAGAAAAGACAAUUGGAGGAUGAGGCACUCGAACGAAAGAACAUUGCCGAUUUCUCUAAUGUGUGGAAUGAGUUCAUAAAUUCUAUGCGAUUGGAAGACCUGAUCAGCAAUAGUGAUAAAGAUCUGCUGCUUGUUCCAUCUUCUUCAAAUGAUGUGUCUGUUGUUCAGUGGCCUCCUUUCUUGCUUGCUAGUAAGAUUCCUAUAGCAUUAGACAUGGCAAAAGAUUUUACGGGGAAGGCAGAUGAUGAUUUAUUUAGAAAGAUUAAGAGUGAUGAUUAUAUGUACUCGGCAGUAAUUGAAUGCUAUGAGACACUUAGGGAUAUUAUAUUUGGCCUUCUGGAUGAUGCAGCGGAUAAGAUGAUUGUAAAGCAGAUAUGUUACGAAGUAGACAGUAGUAUACAGCAGGAAAAAUUUUUGACCUAUUUCCGGAUGAGUGGGCUGCCAUUUCUUAGCGAGAGGUUGGAGAAAUUUCUAAAACUCUUGCAGCUUGCCGAAGAUGAGAAUGUCGAGAAUUCCAUGCGUCAGAUAAUCAAUGUCCUUCAAGAUAUCAUGGAGAUUAUCACACAGGAUGUAAUGGUCAACGGCCAUCAAAUACUGGAAGCAGCUCACUACAUUGAUGGUCAAAAUGUCAAGAAGGAGCAAAGGUUUCAAAAGAUUAACAUAUUCCUUACACAGAAUGCAGCUUGGAGGGAGAAGGUCGUUAGACUUCGUUUGCUUUUGACCGUCAAGGAAUCUGCCAUCAAUGUGCCUCAAAACUUGGAAGCUCGCAGGCGCAUCACCUUCUUUGCAAACUCCUUAUUCAUGAACAUGCCACGUGCUCCCAAAGUUCGUGACAUGCUCUCAUUUAGUGUUCUGACUCCUUAUUACAAAGAAGAUGUCCUCUAUUCUGAUGACGAACUUACGAAGGAAAAUGAGGACGGAAUCUCAAUUUUGUUCUACCUGCAGAAAAUAUAUCCUGAUGAAUGGACAAAUUUCCAGGAUCGCAUAAAGGAUCCUAAGAAUGAGUUUUCUGAUAAGGACAAGUCAGAGUUAAUUCGCCAGUGGGUAUCUUAUAGGGGACAGACACUUUCUAGAACAGUGAGGGGGAUGAUGUACUAUAGGAAGGCUCUAGACAUUCAGUGUGUCCUGGAAACAGCAGGAGAUAGUGCUAUUUUGGGAGGCUACCACACCAUGGAAUUAAGCGAAAAUGAUGAGAAGGCUUUUGUUGAUCGUGCACAAGCUCUGGCAGAUUUGAAGUUUACUUAUGUAGUUUCUUGUCAGAUGUAUGGUGCUCAGAAAAAUUCUCCUGAUACUCGAGACAAAAGUUGUUACACUAAUAUCCUGAAGCUGAUGCUAACGUAUCCAUCUCUACGUGUUGCUUACAUAGAUACAAGGGAGGAGCAUGUGAAUGGAAAAUCACAAAAAGCUCACUUUUCUGUUCUAGUCAAGGGUGGUGACAAAUGGGAUGAGGAAAUAUACCGCAUCAAGCUUCCAGGUCCUCCAACAGUAAUUGGUGAAGGAAAACCUGAAAAUCAAAAUCAUGCCAUUAUCUUUACUCGUGGAGAAGCCCUGCAGACAAUAGACAUGAAUCAGGAUAAUUACUUUGAAGAAGCUUUCAAAAUGAGAAAUGUGUUGGAGGAAUUCCUAAAGCCUCGUCUUGGGCAACGGAAACCCACAAUAUUGGGGCUACGGGAGCAUAUAUUCACUGGAAGUGUUUCAUCACUUGCUUGGUUUAUGUCGAAUCAAGAGACUAGUUUUGUAACUAUUGGUCAAAGAAUUUUGGCAAAUCCGCUGAGGGUACGGUUCCAUUAUGGUCAUCCUGAUAUAUUUGACAGAAUCUUCCACAUAACAAGGGGUGGCAUAAGCAAAGCUUCAAAAGUAAUUAACUUAAGCGAGGAUAUAUUUGCAGGGUACAAUUCAACUAUGCGUGGGGGAUUUAUAACACAUCACGAGUAUAUCCAAGUAGGCAAGGGGCGUGAUGUGGGAAUGAAUCAAAUAUCGCUUUUUGAGGCUAAGGUUGCAAAUGGAAAUGGAGAACAGACACUUAGCCGCGAUGUUUACCGGCUUGGGCGUCGGUUUGAUUUCUAUAGAAUGCUGUCUUUUUACUUCACAACCGUUGGAUUCUAUUUUAGUAGUAUGGUAACUGUGCUGACUGUAUAUGUGUUUUUAUAUGGACGUGUCUACUUGGUCAUGAGUGGAUUGGAGAGCGAGAUCCUGGAUAACCCAGCCAUACAUGAAAACAAGGCCUUCGAAGAGUCUUUGGCUACCCAGUCUGUCUUUCAACUGGGCUUGUUGCUUGUGCUUCCCAUGGUAAUGGAAAUUGGCCUGGAGAAAGGGUUCCGCACUGCGUUGGGUGAUUUUAUCAUCAUGCAGCUGCAGCUGGCCUCUGUUUUCUUCACAUUCCAACUAGGAACAAAAGUACAUUACUAUGGAAGGACAAUCUUACAUGGAGGAUCUAAAUACCGAGCAACUGGCCGUGGUUUUGUUGUUUUCCAUGCCAAGUUUUCCGAGAACUACAGGCUAUACUCACGCAGUCACUUUGUGAAAGGGUUGGAGCUGCUUAUUCUGCUGAUUGUGUAUGGAGUCUACGGGAAAGCUUAUAAGAGCUCAAAUCUUUAUUUUUUCAUCACUUUCUCCAUGUGGUUUCUGGUUGCUUCCUGGUUGUUUGCUCCUUUUGUAUUCAAUCCAUCCAGCUUUGACUGGCAGAAAACUGUAGAUGAUUGGACAGAUUGGAAGAGGUGGAUGGGAAAUCGUGGUGGUAUUGGGAUCUCACCUGACAAAAGUUGGGAAUCAUGGUGGGAUGAAGAACAGGAACACCUCAAACACACAGUUAUCCGGGGAAGAGUUAUUGAGAUAAUACUUGCAUGUCGCUUCUUUGUUUACCAAUAUGGAAUUGUUUACCACCUUGAUAUAGCUCAUCACAUCAAGAGUCUGCUGGUUUAUGGACUUUCUUGGGUAGUUAUGCUAACCGUUCUUCUCGUCUUAAAGAUGGUUUCUAUGGGUAGACGAAGAUUUGGCACAGACUUCCAGCUCAUGUUCAGGAUUCUGAAAGCACUUCUUUUUCUUGGUUUCAUGUCAGUCAUGACUGUCCUAUUUGUUGUUUGUGGCCUUACUAUCUCAGAUCUAUUUGCUGCUAUCCUUGCCUUCUUGCCCACAGGAUGGGCCCUUCUUCUGAUUGGGCAAGCAUGCAGGAGGAUGGUUAAGGGUCUAGGAUUCUGGGAGUCAAUAAAGGAGCUGGGGAGAGCAUACGAUUAUAUAAUGGGACUUAUAAUCUUCAUGCCCAUAGCCAUUUUGUCAUGGUUCCCAUUCGUAUCGGAGUUCCAAACACGUUUGCUCUUCAACCAAGCAUUCAGUAGAGGCCUACAAAUUUCAAUGAUUCUUGCAGGGAGGAAAGACAAGACGACGUCACGGGAACAGACUUGAAAUGGCAUCUGAUCUGCUUCCAAGUUUUUAGCAUAUCUCAGGUUCAUAUCCACAUUAGAAUAUAAUUUAUUAUGUGAAAAAUUCCACAGAACCACAGAUACUAAUUUUAUGGGGGAGGAGAUCAAGUAGAGUGACUUGUAUUUCUUUUUAUUUGCCUCUCACUGCCUAUUUAAUUUUCGUACUUUCAUGUAUAUUAUUAGAAUAGAAACCUACUGGAUUGCUGCUGCUACCUUGUUUCCGCUUGUGAUGUUUAAUUCAAAAUUUUGAAUCUUCAUUGGAUUUGUAAGAUA